AGCCGGACCGUGGCGGCCCUGCCGACCAUGCGCCGCCUCCCGCGGGCCCUGCUGCUGCCGCUGCAGCUCGCCCUGCUCGUGGCCGCGGAGGCCCCCGAGGCGCCGGUCAGCGCGCGGCGGAGCCUGGUGUGGGGGCCCGGGCUGCAGGCGGCCGUCGUUCUGCCCGUGCGCUAUUUGUACCUGCAAGCGGUCAACUCAGAGGGCCAGAACUUCACUCGCUCGCCCCCAGGUCAAACAUCAUUCAAAGUAGUAAUCAGAUCUCUUUCUCCAAAAGAGUUAGUCCGGAUUCAUGUUCCUAAACCUUUGGACAGGAAUGAUGGAACAUUUUUGAUAAGGUACAGGAUGUAUGAAACUGUCAACGAAGGGCUGAAGAUAGAAGUCCUUUAUGGGGAUGAGCAUGUGGCUCAGUCUCCCUAUAUCUUGAAAGGGCCAGUGUACCAUGAAUACUGUGAGUGUCCGGAAGAGGAUCCUCAGGCUUGGCAGAAAAUUCUUUCUUGUCCAACCAAGGAGCCACAGAUUGCAAAAGAUUUUGCUUCCUUCCCCACCAUCAAUCUCCAGCAGAUGCUAAAUGAAAUCCCCAAAAGGUUUGGGGACGAGAAUGGCGCUGUUGUUCAUUACACAAUUCUUAAUAACCACAUUUACCGGAGAUCUUUAGGGAAAUACACAGACUUCAAAAUGUUCUCUGAUGAGAUUUUGCUGUCACUGGCCAGAAAGGUCCUUCUUCCAGACUUAGAAUUUUAUAUUAAUCUUGGAGAUUGGCCAUUGGAGCAUCGAAAAGUCAAUGAAACCCCCAGCCCUGUGCCUAUCAUUUCAUGGUGCGGCUCUCUGGAUUCAAGGGACAUUAUCCUUCCAACGUAUGACAUCACCCAUUCCACACUGGAAGCAAUGAGGGGGGUCACAAAUGAUCUUCUCUCUAUUCAGGGAAAUACAGGUCCGUCCUGGAUCAAUAAAACAGAGAAAGCUUUCUUCAGAGGUAGAGAUAGCCGAGAGGAGAGGCUCCAGUUGGUACAGCUAUCCAAAGAAAAUCCACAGCUCCUAGAUGCAGGAAUUACAGGAUAUUUCUUUUUCCAAGAGAAAGAAAAGGAGCUUGGAAAAGCCAAGUUGUCAGGUUUCUUUGAUUUCUUUAAGUAUAAGUAUCAAGUGAAUGUGGACGGCACUGUGGCUGCUUAUAGAUACCCGUAUCUCAUGCUGGGGGACAGUCUGGUUCUAAAACAGGACUCACCAUAUUAUGAACAUUUCUACAUGGCACUAAAGCCUUGGAAACAUUAUGUUCCAAUUAAAAGAAAUCUUAGUGAUUUACUAGAGAAAGUGAAAUGGGCCAAGGAAAAUGACAAAGAAGCCCAGAAGAUUGCCAAAGAAGGGCAGCUGGCUGCUAGGGACCUCCUCCAGCCACACAGGCUUUACUGCUAUUAUUACGGGGUUCUGCAGAAAUACGCAGAGCACCAGGCCAGCAAACCUGAAAUACGUGACGGAAUGGAGCUUGUUCCUCAGCCAGAAGACAGCACAUCCCUCUGUGAGUGCCACAGGAAAAAUCCUUUAAGAGAAGAGCUUUAAGUCAUCCCAGAACCACACUCCUGUGAAUGCUGAUGACAUCUUUAAGAAAGCCUUAAGAUAGAAUCUAAGCUGCAAAGAACAGUACAAAAGACUCAGCAGACUGUUUUUUUCAGUGACUUUAUAGAAUAUGGAUGGAUGAAGCAAUACAGGUUGAGUAGCCUUAUCUGAAAUGCUUGGGACCAGAAGUGUUUCAGAUUUCAUUUUUUUUGUUUUUCAGAUUUUAGGGUAUUUGCAUAGACACACUAAGGUAUCUUGGAGAUGAGACUGCAGUCUAAACAUGAAAUCCACUUACAUUUCAUAUAUACCUCCUAGCCUAGAGGUAAUUGUAUACAGUAUUUUUAAUCAUUUUGUGCAAGAAACAAAGUUUCUGUACAUCGACCUAUAAGAAAGCUGUCACUAUCUCAGGCACCCAUUGGAUGGUGUCAUGGAUUUUGGAGUAUUUCAGAUUUUCGAUUUUUGGAUUAGAGAUGCUCAAUCUCUAUUUGAAUAAGUGUCACCAAAUGUCAUUGGAUAUUUAAUAUCUUUUGAGUAAAUACUGCAAUUAUCAGCAUCACAGUUUCUCUAAAAUGAAAAUUUGGGGAUCAUAGCAGAUAGACAGACUUGCCAAAAUAUAAAUCAGCCUCUGUGAAACGAUUUUCAUCAUACUUACUGCUUUCUUUCUAUCACCACUCACUGCCUGUCUUCCACUUCCACUUAUGAAGAGACAGUAGUUUGUCUAACUAUUGCCCCCAGCCUGACUCUUCAAAGCUGCCUCUGGCUUUCAGUGACAGCAGCCUCCUUUUGGAAGGUCUCAUAAGGAUACUUCAGGAAGAAGAUGACUCUUGUUAAAAGUAUCAUCGAGACUGUGGAGGGAAUAUUUUUUAAAGCAAUGCUCUUAUUUUUCUAACUAAAUUUUGCUAAGGCCUGAGACAAAAUUUAUGAGAAAUUCUGCCUUAAGCUAGUGAUGCCCACUCUAUCAGGUUGUAUAUUCAUCCAGGACAAUGCUGUGGUGUCAAUAUAGAUAAAGGUGUGCUGUCAACAUGAUGUCCUAUGGACAUCAAUCAUUAUCUACUGUGUAUCUGUUGAAUAGAAAAAGAUAACCAUAGGGCGGCACCUGUGGCUCAAAAGGGUAGGGCGCUGGCCCCAUAUGC